AUGAUGUUUGAAGGGAAACAUAUUCAUUAUUCUCCUGUAAACCAGAAACCAUUGUGCUCAUAUAGUGCUAAGCUUUGUAAGCAGAGAAGAAUUAAUGGAUAUGCAUUUUGCAUUCGGCAUAUUUUGGAAGAUAAAUCUGCUCCUUUCAAGCAAUGUGCACAUGUUGCCCGUUAUAAUAAGCAGAAGUGUACCAACCCCAUUCCUUGCAAUGAAAAUCGAGAGUUUUGCAAUAGCCAUAUGCAAGUUGCUGGAAUUCUACCCAAGAAAGAGCGUAAAAUUAAAAAAGAAAAAGAGAAAGAAGUUUUAUUACCUUGUGAAGGGAAAUUGAAGUUUUCUGAUCGUCUAAAAGCUUUAUUAACCAAGGAGAAUAGUGUUUCGUGUAAUGACGACACAUUUAACUCUGAUGAUCCUUAUGCAUUUCCAGACACAGUGUCAGAAACUGAAAAUGGCUGCAUUGGGUUUUCUGCAACUCCUAUUUUACGAAAUGCAUGGAACUGUUCUCAGAAAAAUUCUCCCGACAUGUCAUCGUUGGAUUCCCCAUCCAGAUGUGAUCCAACAUCUAAAAACUUGGCUUCCAUGGACAGCAAACUAAAAAGCAAUGUUCCAAAAUUAUCCAAAACAGUAAAUAGACUUCAUGCGAAAAUUGCACAAAAUAAACUUUUAGAUAAACAGAAAAAAACACAAGAUGCUAGUCAAGGUUCUCUAUCACUAAUAAGCGCGCAACUGCAAGCUAUAACCAACAUUAAGACUGAGCCCCUGUCUCCAAUGGACGUGAGUGUAAAUUCUGAAUCUAGUGAGGCCAAAGUUGUUGUUCCAGAGCUAACAAAAACUGAAAUAAUAGUGAAACUGGAGCCUGUGGAAGAUCAAACCAGGUCGGAAGAUUCAAUAGUUUCAAAUUAUGUUUCUUCCCCUAAUCCGCCAUCGGUUUUGCAAGCGGAUUCUCGCCUGUCUUCCGGAGUCAAUUCAUGCUCUUCAUCGGAGAAGUUUUUUUGCAGCAGGGAAAAGUCGCCGACUCCGAGUGAUGUGAGUUCGAAAGAGAAAUCCCAGUUUGAGUGUGUUGAUGAGCAAAAGACUGAUACUCUAGGGAAUUCAAGGGUCCCUCUUGUGUUGCGCAAGCUCCAUAGAAUAUUCAAAAACAGGAAAAAGAAAAAUAAAUAUAUAUUUCCUAGAGGAUUUGAUUCUUCUGAAAGUGAAAGUAGCGAUAGUGAAGAUGAAAGUCAAUUGUUCAGUCGACUGUCUUGGUUUAGUGCUUGGGACAGGCGAAGCUCUAGGUACUGUAAUAUGAAGUCAGAUUCCCGGUCAGCUCAGCGUGCUCAGCUAAAAGCAGAACUUUUGAGAAGUUAUCAUCAUCUUUGCCACUUACAUAACCUUCAUCAACAAGAAAGGAAGCAUCGCUUGAAUGUUAUGCAGCCACUGGUCGAGGCUGCUCGAGCUUAUCCUAAUCAAGCAACUGAAAUUCUUACCAGGCAUUUAAAAGGAUCUCCAAAGCAUAAAAAAAUAAGCAAACCUCUGGAAACAGAGAAAAGAACCUGUAGUUAUAAAAAAGAUGAUGAAGUUUGCAAUAAUACAGCAUUACCUUAUACUUGGCAUUGUAAGAAACAUAUUAUGUACAACAUUGAUCAACUGUUAUUUGAACACUGUACAGCUAAAUUUUCAGAUAACACGCAAUGUUGUGUUCCAGUAUUUGAUGUUUGUCAUGAACUUCCUUUGUGUUUUGAACAUGCCAAAAAAAGGGAUAAUUACAAUAAAAUGGCCUCUGAGCCAAAGCCAAAGAAACCUAGAAAGAAACCAAAGCCAUCUGCUUUGACAAGGCCUCCUAAAAGAGGAAAGAAAAAGAAGAAGCUUGCUGUUGUCCGUCCCACCUCGCCAUCACCACUGCCUCUGCCAACUGAGCCUCUUCCUCCACCGACACUACCACCACCACCUCCACCACCGAUUCCUUCUGUUUCUCCUCCAUCUAAUCCUCAAAUCGGUUUGUAAAAUUCAAUAUUAUGGCUACUCAAACUACCAAAGCAAUUGCUUACUGUUCAUUCUGUACCCGGUUUAAAUAAAGAUGUCAAUGGUCAAAUGCCAGCAGAUAUAGAAAGUGACUUAGAAGAUUUCUCUCCUGGUGCUAUUGAAAAAACAUUAGAGCUCCCCCUAGAUACCGCAGAGCUUGCAAAUCAAGCUACAAAGUUGCUUGAAGAGCACGACUUUACCGAAGUUCUUAAUAAAAUUCCAGAUGAUGCUUUUAAUGAUCUUUUUAUAGAUACUAGGAAUGGUGACUACCUUAUUCCUACGAGAGAAGAAACUGAGGAACUAGAAAGAGCAUUAGCAGCUGUCUCCAAAGACGUCCACUUAUGUAAAGAAUCUUUAGCCAAAUUAUCAAACACUACGACAGGACCUGAUCUGGAAGAACUAGAACGUUCCAUAGAAAUUCAUGAAGGGUUAUUGGGUGCUGAUAACUUGACAAGUGCAAUUGAUGACAGUUCUUUCCCUGAAUUAUCGAACAGCCAUAUGGACAGCUUAAAUGUUAUUUCUAGCAGCUUUACCACAAGUGAUUUGAACUCAUUUACGCAGGCAUUGUCUGCCAUGGUCCCCGAACCCCUCGACCAGAGCCAGCUUCCCUCGGCGUCGGAAAAUUCGGCAAUUCCCAACGUCGUAAAUUUACCUCUCGUGAAUUCAGAUCUUUCUCACCCGCACAUGCUCAAUGGCCACUCUGAAAUUCUGGCUGGGCUACAUCCCAUGCAGUUGGACCCCGCAUUUUCAUCCUCUCUCAUGAAUGCUUCUCCCGGGCUCUGUGUUUCGAGCUCUGCCGCCACCAACCAAGGGACUGCAGAUGCGAGGAUUCUCGGAAACGCCUCCCUGCUGUCUGCGGUCCUCUACAACCUGGGUCAAACCACCACCACCAGUGCACCCCAGCUACCCCAGACGACGUUUUCCGUAUCGUCUGUGGGCGGGAACAAUGCCUCCGAAGAGGCCAGUCUCAUGUCUAAUGCGGGGGGCCUUAACUCCAACCACUGGUUGCUCAAUUCGCCGGAUCAAGUUCUCGCACUCUCGCAGCUGGCCUACCAGAAUGGUUUCCUAGUGACUUCGCAAGGAGCGGCAUCUUACGCCAAUGCCUUUGUCGGGAAGUACCCUCUCCAAGAACUGAGUGCAGAGAUGUCGCUGGAAUCGGUCGAUUCGUCUCUGAUGGCGUCCUCGGGCUGCAGUGCAGAAAAUGUGAUAUGUAGUACAACUGAGCAACCAGUGCACAAUUUAAACAUUUCCAGUAGACCUGCAUCCUCUUUGCAGCAGACUAACUCUGUAAAAGUAAUAGUUCAGGAAGGAGCUUCCUAG